GUCCUUUCUUUGAUUUGAGCGUAGCAUCAGUUGUUUGUUCCUUUCCUUCUGUGUUAUUGUUAAUGCUGCUGCGUGUUGCAGUUGCUGCAGCGGUGCGAGCGGGGUCCCGUAACUGGGCCCGGUGGGUUUCGGGUGGGCCCUCGAGCCCAAGCCUUUCCAUAUGGCGGCGGAAGAAGGAGAUGGGUAAGGAAGGGCUGGUAGUGGCCAAAGAGCUCAAGAGGCUCCGGUCCGACCCGGUCCGCCUCGACCGCUACAUCCGGUCCAGCGUCUCCCGCUUGCUCAAGUCCGACCUCGUCGCCGUCCUCGCAGAGUUCCAGAGACAGAACCAAGUCUUCCUCUGCAUCAAGUUGUAUGAUAUAGUCCGGAAAGAAAUAUGGUACAGGCCAGACAUGUUUUUUUAUAGAGACAUGCUUAUGAUGCUUGCACGAAACAGAAGGGUGGAAGAAUCUAAGAGGGUUUGGGAUGAUUUGAAAGCAGAGGAAGUUUUAUUCGAUCAGCAUACAUUUGGAGAUAUUAUUAGAGUUUUUCUGGACAGUGGAUUGCCCACAGAGGCAAUGAACAUAUAUGAAGAAAUGAGACAAUCUCCUGAGCCUCCUCUUUCAUUGCCUUUUCGAGUGAUAUUAAAAGGGCUCAUUCCAUAUCCAGAAUUAAGAGAGAAAGUAAAAGAUGACUUCUUAGAGAUUUUCCCAGAUAUGAUAAUCUACGACCCUCCAGAGGACUUGUUUGAAGAUCAUGAGCAGCACAAGGAGAGAGAUAAUGAGAAUAUCAUUUCCUAGUUCCCUUGACUCCUUCAGAACUAUCAGCUCUAUGAUCUAACAAAUUUUAUUAUGUGUAGGGAUCGUGGUGUUUGCAGCAUGUUUUGUAUGCUGAACCUACGUGAUGCCAUGCAGUGUUGAGACCUGGUAGCUGUUGUAUAUAAUCACAAUUGUUCCUCUUUAAAUUGCAGUUUUGUCUCUUUCCCAAAUUUGAAGCUUUUUUUUUAAUCAAUUUACAUCUUAGCGUAAACAAUGUUCAUGAUUUGUAUGGAGGGAGUUGCUCAAUGUCUUUUUACCCCACUUCCUUGUUCUUCAGGUGUACAUCGUCCUCACUUUCUUUUCUUUUUUUCUAAGUUCCAUAACUUGUGUACUCAAACAUACAGUACUCGAGCUAUAAUGGUUCAAGAACUAGGUUGCAUGCC